UGGUACUCUGUCACUUGAAUUAGUCUUCAUAAACGAGUUCGACCAUUUCAAACUAACUGGAGCAAUUUAAAAACUUUCAAAAUGGACGAAGUAAUUUUGACAUGCGAUACUCACAACAAAAUGUUAACGGAAGCGCUCUUCGAUUAUUACAAAAAAGAAGAAAUGUUCGACGCAACAGUUUGUUUUGAAGAUGGUAAAAUUAGAGCACAUAAGCUGAUUCUCUCUGCUCUCAGCCCUAAACUCGCACAUGUUUUCAAGAUUGAUGAGGAAACAAGGCAUGUAUACUUUACGAGCAUUUCGAAGUCAUCCAUGGAGUACUUGAUUGAAUAUAUCUACAGAGGUAAAGUUUCAGUGCCUUCAGAAGCCCUGGCUAGUGUGAUCGAAGCAGCAGAGUAUUUUCAAAUCAAAGGAUUUAUGUCACAAAACAAUGGCAUUGAGAAUAAAGUUUUGAAAGGGGUGGAAAAUCUUCCCGUUAUGGAGGUGGAAAAAUGAAAAACAAGUGUUUAUAAUGUUUCUUAUUGUUAAAUUUCACCGCCUGCUUCUUCAAACUAUUUGUAUGUAAAUGAAUAUUUAUUAUGUAUAUACAUCAAUAAAACAUAUUUUGAACAGAAAUAAAAUUUUAUUUUGAA